GCUGGUGCUGUGGAUUAGAGUUUAAUCCGAGCGCAGCGGCGGAGAGAGACGGAGAGAAAACCCGCAGCGGCUCUGACUGAGACUCACCGAGACUCUCCGAGACUCCCACCUGCGCCCAAACCCCGCGGACCCCCGGACACUCUGGCCCGCAGCGGUACUAGGGGUGGCGGUUGUGCAGUAGCUCCGGCUGGGUCGUUGUUCGGCGCGUUUCCUGCUCCGUGUGCUUCAUCCUCCCUCCGCGGAGAGCGCAGCUGCAGCCCGGGGGUCUCUCCGACACAGCGCACUCACACACCGGCCACAGCACACCUCUACACCCCGCGGCCGGCCUCCCCUCUCCCCCUUACCCCUCACCCCUCCGCCCCACGGCGCUGCGAUCACCACCGGCCCGGGGUUCAGCCCGCAGCCGCUCUGCUGCUCCCGGAGCCCGGCCGAGCCGGGGCUAGCUAACCCACAGCUACCCGAGCUAGCUAACUGACUGACAGCAUUAGCUGGGCGGUUUAGAGCCGCACGGAGGAAUUCUCUGCUUUACCCCGCAGAGAGAAGAUUAAUUAAAGACGGUGAAUUAUCCACGAUGUCGGCGAAGGACCAGAACAAACAGUCCACCAUCGAAAGGCCGGUGAAAGCCGUGCCGUAUCCCCCGACGACUCGCCUUACCAUGAAGGAGCUCUACGAGGAUGGCAAGCCAAAGGUGGAGCUGCUAAAAGCCCACCUGCUGAAGGAGGGGCGACUGGAGGAAGACGCCGCACUGCGCAUCAUCAACGAUGGGGCCCACAUUCUCCGCCACGAGAAGUGCAUGCUCGAAGUAGAGGCACCUAUUACAGUAUGUGGAGAUGUGCACGGACAGUUCUUUGACCUGAUGAAACUCUUUGAGGUCGGGGGUUCACCCAACAGCACGCGCUAUCUCUUCCUGGGGGAUUAUGUAGACCGAGGAUACUUCAGUAUUGAGUGUGUGCUGUACCUGUGGACCCUGAAGAUAAACCACCCCACCACCCUUUUCCUUCUGAGAGGCAACCAUGAAUGCCGGCACCUAACGGAGUACUUCACCUUCAAACAGGAGUGUAAGAUCAAGUAUUCGGAGUGUGUGUAUGACGCGUGUAUGGAGGCGUUUGACUGCCUGCCGCUGGCAGCGCUGCUGAAUCAGCAGUUUCUGUGUGUGCACGGCGGCCUCUCACCUGAAAUCAGCUGCCUCGACGACAUCCGAAAGUUAGACCGGUUUAAGGAGCCGCCAGCGUUCGGGCCGAUGUGUGACCUGCUGUGGUCGGACCCGGGGGAAGAUUACGGCAGUGAAAAAACACAGGAGCAUUUCUGUCACAACAGCGUCAGGGGCUGCUCCUACUUCUACAGUUAUCCUGCAGUGUGUGAUUUCCUAAUGAACAAUAAUUUGUUGUCAAUAAUUCGAGCACAUGAAGCCCAGGACGCAGGGUAUCGAAUGUACAGGAAAAGCCAGACGACAGGGUUCCCCUCCUUAAUCACAAUCUUCUCAGCACCAAACUACUUAGACGUUUAUAACAAUAAAGCUGCUGUGUUGAAAUAUGAGAACAAUGUGAUGAAUAUCCGGCAGUUUAACUGCUCUCCUCACCCGUACUGGCUGCCCAACUUCAUGGACGUGUUCACGUGGUCUCUGCCAUUCGUCGGGGAGAAAGUGACGGAGAUGCUGGUGAACGUGUUGAACAUCUGCUCUGAUGAUGAGCUUAUGUCAGAAGGAGACGACACCUGUGAGGGUGGUGCUCCAGCUGUACGUAAGGAAGUGAUCAGAAAUAAGAUCCGUGCGAUUGGCAAGAUGGCCCGAGUUUUCUCUGUACUGAGGGAGGAGAAUGAGAGUGUGCUGCAGUUGAAGGGUUUGACCCCCACUGGAACUCUGCCGUUAGGAGUGCUGUCUGGGGGCCGACAAACACUGCAGAGUGCCACCGUAGAAGCAGCCGAGGCCCGAGCCAUCCAAGGUUUCAACCCUCAGCACAAGAUCCAGAGCUUCGAGGAGGCGCGCGGUCUGGACCGGAUAAACGAGAGGAUGCCGCCGCGCAAAGACGGGAAGCAGCCGGACGGGCUGGCCAACUCCAUCAACGCCACCAACUCGCCCGACAAGAACGGCACCAACGCGCAGGCGUAAUCCUCCCAGCGAGAGUUAACCAAUCUCAAAAACCCCUUUAUCAUCACUCCUAUUUCUCUCUCUAUUACUAUUCUCUCUCUGUAUUCUCUCUGUCUUUCUCUCUCUCUCUCUGUAACUAUCUCGCUCUCUCUCUCUCUAUCUGUCUCUCUCUCUGUCUUUCUUAUUCUCUCUCCCUCGUUUCCUCCUGUUAGUAUUGGCGCUGCCCCUCGGCGGAAGCUCUUUUUGGGACCGUUUCAGGAGAGAACGGCACGGUUCUACCAUGAAAAAAGGUGUAGUCAAAUAAAAAAAAGGAAAUAAUUCAUGGUUUUUAUUUAUUUAUUGAUAUUGAAGAAAUUAAACCUCUAACAUUUCAAAGGCAAAGAAAAAAACGAAACACAACCGAAUAAACGAAUAAAUACAUGUUCAAGUGUUAUACAAAGGAUAUAUAUGAAUAUAAAUAUUAAUAAACACAGUAUAUGUAGACACUUAUUCUAGCAUUGGAUUAACAUCAUCGCAGUUUUGGUAGAGAUAAAAAAAAAACAUUUUGUAAAUUUUAGUUGAAAAUUUUGAGAAUUUUUGGCACCUUUUUAUUUUUUGUGUUUUCAUUUUGUUUUUUGUUGUUUUUUUUUUUUUUGGUUAGUUUUUUCAUCCAGGAGUAGUAGUUCAGCUGAAAUUCUGAUUAAUUCUGAAUUAAUAUUGUGUGUGUGUGUGCGUGUGCGUAAGUGUGUGCGCGUGAGUGUGCAUGCGCGCUUAGCAAGGCAUCAUUUCGCCUAAAGUACUUAAAUCUUAAACACACAGUGCGUAUGUUUGUAACACCUGAGACGAGUACAGUACGAACUCUCGGGUGAUAAUGAGAUAUUAAAAGUAUACAUAUAAAAAAAAAAGAACACAAACAAAAGAGCUUUCGUUAAUGAAAUGCUUGUGUAAAAAAAAAAAAAAAAGAAUCAUAAAAAAAAGAGAAAAUGUCUCUCCUCUCCGAAGCUAACGGGCUGUGAGAAGAGUGCGUUAUUGAUCGAGUGUUCGCUCAUUGAUCUGUACGUGUAUAUUUUACAGUGUUGCUGGACUUGAAUGUUGGGGCUUCAUGUUGGGGUUUAUGUUCUUCUUCUUGUUUAAUUUUCUUUCUUUACAAUCUUUACGCAUUUUUUUUUUUUAAUUCUAUGAAUUCUCUGAAUCCGACUUGGUCCCGGAAACGUUAGGCUCUGUAAUAAAGAUGAUGUUUAGUGGA